AUGUUCUUCGGAGAAGAGGACGAUGCAUUACGUAUGCGAUGGGCUGUCGUAUGUUCCAUUCCCGAUGAAAGACUGAUCAACACAUUGAGUGAAUUUUCUUCAUGGUUUCUUGAUAAAGUCACUUGCGUUGCAAGUAGAAUGAACAUCUACGCAAGAUUCGAGGAAAGACCUAAGGUCGUACAGCAUGUUCCCGUUGGAGAUUAUAAUGCCUGUGCUACGGCGUACGAAAACAUUAGAAAGAACUGGCCUGCAGUCAUGUUCGUCCUCCAUAUCCUACCUGAAAAGAACGCUUGUGAAUACGAGUGGAUGCGCACGCUUAGUUCAAUUCAUGGUUUCGUUCGACAAGGAGUACUGCUGGAUAAUGCUCUAGAUAGAUUCGCCAGUGUCGCCAAGCUGGGAAACGACCCGAAUGAGGUUUUUGCAAAUGUAGCACAAUGGAUUGCGAGAGCUACAAGCAAGCUUUGUCUCGAUAAAGAUCCAAUGUAUAAACCAUACGAUCUCCGUGUCGGUUCGGGUAAAGCUGUGCCGAUAAACGCUAAAAUCGACCAAGAUGCCAUGCAAACUGCUGUGAACACUGUCCUCUCCGGAUCACCAGAUUUGCUGCCUUUACAUCGUGAAGAAUCUGCCGUCCAAGUGUCCGGAUACCCUUCUUCGCUCAACGAAUUCGGUGUAGCUCAACUAUUUCAUGGUUUGAAGGUUACGGGAGUGGUUUUGAACUCAGAUAGGGCCACUAUCACUUUUGCCACGAAAUUUCUAGCAUAUCAGGCAUGUUUUUUAAAUGGAAAGAAACUCGAUCGAUUCCACACACUGCACGUGGAGCCCAUUUCACAGGAGGUUAAAGAGCAAAUUUCGUUGGCCGAAGCUGAUAUGUAA